AUGGCGUCUUCCAUUCAGCCUUACAAAAUCACCGUCUCUGGUACCCGCAUCCAAGAGCUUAAUUCCAAGCUCGACAGUGCCACACAUCCAGAUGAGCUGGACUCUGCAGGGUGGGACAUGGGUGUCCCUUUGUCCGACAUCCAACGACUCACAAAAUACUGGCGCCAUGAGUUCAGCUGGCGAAGAGCUGAGGAGAAGCUCAAUGAACUACCUCAUUUUGUCACCACAAUCGCGUGUGAAGGUUACGAGCCUCUGAAUAUCCAUUUCCUGCACAAGAGAAGUUUGGCCAAGGGAGCAAUCCCACUGCUCUUCGUGCAUGGAUGGCCUGGGAAUUUCCUAGAGGUCACCAAAAUCAUUGAUGGUCUCUCUACCCCGACCCAAGGUCAAGUAUCCUUCCAUGUCGUCGCACCCUCGCUGCCCAACUUCGGAUUUUCAGAAGGCACGAGAAGACGCGGAUUUUCAGUCGAGCAGCAUGCAGAGACGUUGCAUAAGCUGAUGGAGAGGCUUGGAUAUGAUCAAUAUGUCACCCAAGGUGGUGAUUGGGGUUACUACAUCACUCGGGCUAUUUCGGCUCUCUACCCAAGCCAUUGCAGAGCCACACACUUCAAUAUGGACGUGGGCACUCGACCUACGCUCUUCACGCAUCCACUCCUCUUCGUGACCUCCCUCUUUCGACAUCUUUCUAACAGAGAGCAACAAGGUGUAUCCCGCACUGAAUGGUUUGACAAAGAAGGGUUCGGGUACAACCUGCUCCAAUCCACGAAGCCGCAGACGAUAGGCUACGCACUGGCUGACAGUCCUGUGGCUUUGCUGGCGUGGAUCUACGAGAAACUGCACGACUGGGCAGACGCCCGACGAAGAAAUCUGCACCUGGCUGAGCAUAUACUACUUCAGCACCGCCGGCCCCGCCGCCUCGUGCCGGAUAUACUACGAAAUGGGCCGUUCGGGCCCCUGGGGUCAUCGCUUCACCCUGGACGAACUCAGGCUUACCAGGCCAACGGGGUCAAGAUUGGGAUCAGCCAUUUCCCGCGAGAUAUCAAUGUGUUGCCGAGUUCGUGGACGAGGACCGUCGGCGAGGUCGUGUUUGAGAAGGAGCAUGACAAGGGGGGACACUUCGCGGCGUGGGAACGUCCCGAAGACAUUGUGCGCGACGUAAGGGAGAUGUUUGGACGGGGCGGUGGUGCUUACGGGGUUGUGGAAGGGAGGGAUGGGUAUUGA